GCGACAAAGAUAUGGCAUCUAUGCAAAGCAAUGAUCAUCUGUUGGAAGAGCCAAUCUUAGGGGAUAAUCUUGACCCUCUGAUAAACCCAACCCAUGUUCAACCAUCUUGGGAUCAACUCCUUCAGCAUAUACCGAACCUAAUGACAAGACAACAAGAAACUCCAUGUGAGAUGAAGGAACAUCACUUCAUCAAUAUAUUAGUCUUUACAG